AAAUUGGCCUUUACUUUAUCUGCGACAACAGAAAACGAAAAAAUGCCUCAGCAAAUUGUGAUGCCACAUGAUGAUGAACCACACACAUCAGAGCUAGAACCACCAAUGCCAACUGAACCACCUUUGCCAGUGGAACCACCUUUGCCAGUGAAACCACCUUUGCCAACCAUGGCAUGUGAAAGCAGUGUUGAAAGUGUGAAAGCAGGUGUUCAAAUGAAGAAACCACUCAAGAGUCCCAAACCUAUUACUAAUAGUUCAGAUGCCACAGCCCUACCAAACACUCUCCCAUUUCCUGAGAGUUUCUCUGUGCGAGUGCAGAUGGCAAUAAAAAAUGGCUCUGUUGCCCCUGAGCGAACACAGCUGAUUGCAGAUGUAGGAACCUUUUAUUAUGGUUUGUCCAGCCACCCAAAGCAAGGUGACUACAAGAGGAUUGCCAUUUUAGUGUGCGAGAAAUUCCCUGAAUUGAGAGAUUCCAAUCAAGCAAGCUAUUGGGUAUCAAUCCAGAAACAAUUGUCGCAAUUCUUCAGAAACCUUCGGCGGCGGACAGUUAACAAAGCGAUGCAUGGACAACCCCAUGGUUAUGCAAAUGAAAGUGCCUCAAAGAAAAUAAAACUGACUGCAGAGGAUGAUGAGCAAGCUCAAAAAAGAAAUAUGGAGCUUUUGAAAAAAGCAAAACCUGGUGCAAUGGCUCCUAAAACAUUUGCAAAACUCUUUGUCGACACAUUUAAUGAGCGGAGGAAACUUAUCGAAAAUCAAGCUACAUCUUCUACAGAGGUCUUGGAGGAAUGUCCAUAUCUUGGUCAUCCAAAUGUUGUAAGAAAAGAAGUUAGCAGAAUCAUUGGGCAGAAAAAUUGGGAAAAAGAGGCUGAAAAGAAGUUGGAGACUGCAUUGAAAGCUGUCAUACAAAUUAAGGAUAAGGAAUGUGAAAUGAGAAGUGAACAGGUUGUGGAGGCUGUGGAGCAAAUUGAGAGAAAGACAAAAAGGAACAAAGGAACAACAACAAGUGUUCUAAAAUUCAAAGAUCCUUCAUCCACCAUGAGACCAGAAACCUUGUUCAAAGACAAGAAUGUCGAGUUUCGCUUGGUUGUGAUUGGGUCUCCUGAGGAGGUCAACCAAGUUUUUGUGGCAGGUGAAGACCAGUCAUUUAUUGAGAGUGAAGGUAUACUCCAAGGUUUGAUCGACCUGCUUUGUUGUUACUAUGCAUAUCACGUCUCCUACCCUGAAAGUAUGGAAGGAUGCUUGCUUUUCUACAAGACAUUCUUUUGCCAACAAAUGAUGGCAACUACAGAGGAACAAAAUUUUCCUCAUUUAUGGCAAAG